AUGGUUAGAGUACAUAAGAGUCAACUGAGAAUAACUACAGAUUCAGAAAGACCAGAAAUAGAGAAAACCUCUAACGAUACAGAGGUACCAGUAGAUGUUAAUAAAAAUGUUAUGGUAGAUUCUGAUGAGGAAAUGCAGAUAUCGAGAAACAAAGCUUCCAUAGAAAUAGAAGCAAUUCCUGAUAAUACCAGUGUGGACUUGUCAAGAAUAAAAACUGGUAAGACUAUUCAAUUUAAAUAUCCAGAUUCUGAUGAGAAUAUCACAGCAAAAGUUUUGAGUCGAGCAGGAAAAGUUGGCGGCAUAUUUUUGGAAUUUAGUGGACCAGAAGAACUGAUAUCUGUAAAACAAUCGGUUGAUCUAAGUAAGGUGGUGGAUCUAAAGUUAAAUGAUGUGAUUAAGAUGGAAGAAAAUGUUAGUUUUGUGAUACCUGAUAUUACCAACAGAGUAAAGUAA